CAACGAAAUUAGUAAUUAAUAGGAUAAUGUGCUAUAAUUUCUACUUUAUUAAUAGAAUUCAAGUGGAUUUAUACCCAAGUAGUGUAUUUGAAUGUGUGCUCUGAUGACAAUAAUAGCUUUCGUUCAGAAUCUAGUAUUGAAUGGCCGCCUGUCAGCUGUACAAGUACUUUGGUUGGGAAGCUGUCAAAUGGUGAAUAGCAAAGCAGGAGCGGUAGUGAGAAGAUUUUCUAAUAAAUAUGUCUUUUUAUUCGCAAUAUCAAAGUAAUAGGUAAUCGCCAUACCUAGCCAUAAGCCUUAGAAUAAACACAAACGCGAACCAAUACCGGCACCGUCGUAAAAUGAGUUCUAGAGAUAGGUCGCUUCAAGACAAGUUGAAAGUGCUCUUCAAAAAGGGUCCUUCGGCGCCGCUGCCGGCGCGCAACGAGCUGGUGGUGAGCGGCGAGGUGGAGCGCGAGCUGAGCGCGGACACGCCGCUGCACCGCCGCCUGCGCGCGCUCAAGGAGCUCGGCGAGAAGGCCAUCCACGUCCGCGUGCAGGAGGGUGGAGUAGAAAAGCUUUGGUCAUUAACAAGAGAUCUCCUAGAAGAGAGCAAUGUGGAGGCUCGACAUGCAGCCCUGUGGUUCCUGCGGUGCCUGGCGGAGGGGCAGGCAGACUACCUGCAGAUCAUGCGCACCAUCCUGUUCCACUACCUGCGAGACACACACGCGCGGCACCCACCGGAGGACUCACAGCUGCGCUUCAAGUUACUGCACACACUGACCAACACCGGCAAGAAUAUCAACUGUUUUGAAGAAGAGAUUGGUCCGUUCCUGCUGGAGUGGCUGCCACAGAUCCAGCCGCCCACGCAGCUGGUGGAGUUCCUGCAGCUCAUCAUCAAUGUUGUCAAGUUCAACGCCACAUACCUAGAUGAGGAGAUAGUACAUGGAAUUGUCAACAACGCGUGCCACCUGUGCGUGUACAGCGCGGAGGCGGCGGUGGUGCAGUGCGGGCUGUCGCUGCUGGAGGCCGUGGUGUCCUACUCGCUGCUGCCGCGCGCCGCGCUGCGCACCUUCGUGGCCGCGCUGUGCCGCACCGUCAACCUCGAGCACUACUGCCAGACCAGCUGGAAGCUGAUGCGCAACGUGGUGGGCGCGGACAUGGGGCACGCGGCGCUGCAGCAGCUGGUGGAGCUGCUGCGCGCCGGCAGCGAGGAGGGCGGGCUGCUGCGCGGCGCCGUGUUCUACAUCAACAUGGCGCUGUGGGGGCCGCGCCGCGUGCCCACGCUGCGCGUCUCCUUCCUCGCCGUGCUGCCCGCCUUCCUCAAGGCGCUGGAGGGCAACCAGCCGGUGGUGACGUACGAGGUGGUGCUGAGCGUGCAGAGCGUGGUGUCGCGCGUGCCGCUGGAGCUGUGCGAGCCCGCCUGGGACGUGCUGCUGUCCAUCCUGCGCGCCGUGCUGCAGCAGGACAAGAGCUACGAGCCGCCCAACGAGCUGAUCCACAACCAGGUGCACGCGGUGAUCACGUCCAUCGAGCAGCUGCAGGACGCGGGCCAGUACUGCGGCGACGCGGACGCGCUGCUGGAGCUCAUCGACUGCUGCGGACACGAGCGGCCCGAGGCGUCCACCAUGCGGCUGGUGUCGGCGCGGGCGGCGGCGCUGGCGCCGUGGGGCGCGGAGGGCGCGGGCGCGGCGGCGGCGCUGGCGGAGCGCUACCUGCGCCACGAGCCGCGCCGCGCCGUGCGGCUGCACACGCUGCACGCCAUCCUCGCCUUCAUCAAGCGGAACAGGUACCUGUACGGCGAGGAGCUGACGGAGCUGGUGGGGCUGCCGGUGCUGGGCGCGUGCGCGCUGGACGCGGACGUGGCGCUGCGGGCGGCGGCGGCGCGGGCGCUGGCCGAGCUGGCGCAGGCCUCCGCCUCCGACGCCUGCACCGACCUCAUCGACCUGCUGGAGAAGAUCCUCAACCGGCCCUUCGAGAUGUACGUGUCGGACGUGGCCAUCCCGGCGGAGGCGGACGUGUCGGACCUGUGCGGCGCGGCGGCGGGGCUGCUGGCGCUGCUGCAGCACAAGCUGCACGCGGCGCCGGCCGCUCACGCCGCGCGCUGCUUCCUCGUGCUGCUCGACCACCUGGACGCGCACUACCGCCGCCACACGCUCUUCAUGCACCACCCCGACAUACGCAUCAAGAUCUUCGAGAUGCUGUUCGGCCUGCGCGCCAACCAGUUCAACUGCGUGGGGUUCUGCUACGACGCGAGCGGCGCGGCCGUGCACGGCGCCGCGGCGCUGCGCCUCAAGCCCGUGUGCUCGCCCUUCCUCAUGGCCGAGCCGCCCGCGCAGCGCGGCCACCAGCACCAGCCGCUGCAGCCCAAGGACCUGCCGCCGUUGAAAGUAGAGCUGAUACGACGUCGCUCGUCCUGGCAGGGCGUGUCGCUGCUGCCGGUGGGGCGCGCGGCGCGGCUGCUGGCGGCGGCGCUGGCGCGCGAGAAGGACUGGGCGGUGCUGGCGCGGGUGCUGCGCGCGCUGCCGCUGCUGCUGCAGGCGCGCGCGCUGGCGCUCGGCCGCCGCGCGCAGGACAUCGACAUGCUCGCCUCCACGCUCUGCUCCAUGAUCUCGGACCGCAGCCUGAACUUCCCGGAGUGCCUGCGCGUGCCCAGCGGACAGAAGCUGCUGGUGUCGGAGUUCCACAGCACGGCGCUGCCGGGGCUGGCCUCGCUGGCGCCCUACCACAGCUACCUCGAGCCGCAGACGCAGCAGAGAAUCGUGCGCUGUCUGCUCAAAUACGGCAUGGUCCUACGAACGCCACAGCCCUAUAUAAAUGCCUUAACGAUAUUUACGUUAGAAACCAGAGAAACUAUGGUGAAAAUGUUACCGGAGGUACUGUUAGACCUAUCCAAGAUCUCUGACACCAAGGCCAUCGCUAGUCCUAUGCUCGAGUUCUUGUCAACGCUGACGCGGCUGCCGAAGGUGUUCGCGUCGUUCGUGGAGGACCAGUACAUGUCGGUGUUCGCGAUCCUGCUGCCCUACACCAACCCGUCGCGCUACAACCACUACGUGGUGUCGCUGGCCCACCACGUCAUCGCCGCCUGGUUCCUCAAGUGCCGCCUCUCCUACCGACGCAACUUCGUGCGCUUCAUCAUACACGGUCUACACAACUACAUCAUCAUGCCGUUCGAGGAGCAGCUGCAGUACAAGACGAACCACUUCCCCAACGCCAACGAGGACUCCUCCAAUAGACAACGCAGCUCUAGUUUGGGUUCAAAAGCCGUGUCCCGGGCGCCGCUCGGCGGGCGGGCGGGCGGAGCCUCCGCCUCGGCCGCCUUCCACGUGGAGCUGACGGAGACGUGCCUGGACCUGCUGGCGCGCUACACCUCCACGCCCUGCAGCGUCAAGCCGCACAGGAGUGACACGGCAGAGUUCCUGUUCAGCGGCGGACAGUCGAUGACGUGGCUGGUGGGGCACAAGCUCAUCACCAUCACGACGUCGGGCUGCCUGCAGAACUCCAUCAAGCAGGGCCUGUGCGACCGGUGCGCCGUGCUGUGCCGCCAGCACGCCGACAGCGUGGCGUCGCCGCUGCCGCCGCUGCAGCCCGCCUGCUGCGACCAGCCCGCCGGGGACAACGCACAGGUCCCAGCGAAGGAGUGCGGUGCGGAGGCGGAGGCGGGCGGCGGCAACCAGCUGCAGCCGCCCGCGCCGCACAACCCGCCCGAAGUCAAGCGACAAAACUCGUCAGAGAACAACAAGACGAACGACCCCCUCGUGGCCGUCCUCAACCAGUUCUCACAACACUUCGAGAAGAUCUCCAAGGAAGUGUGUGGUGCGCAGGACACGGACGAGGCGGCGUGGUCUCGCGUGGGCGAGCUGGCGGCGGCGGGGCUGUGCCCCUGCUGGUGCGCCAACUGGGCCGAGGUGCACGUGCGCUCGCCCACCGGCGACGUGUGCUGGGUCAUGCGCAUGCAGAACCAGAUGAACUGGGACUACCUGCUGGAGUCGCCGCUGCAGGAGCUGGCGGCGCUGCUGUCGCCGGCGGGCGCGGGCGGGGCGGCGGGCGAGGCGCGGGGCGCGGGCGAGGCGGCGGGGCGGACGGGCGCGGCGGCGGGGCGGACGGGCGAGGCGGCGGGGCGGGUGGGCGAGGACAGCGCCCCGCGGUCCCGAAGCGGCUCGUCGUCGUCGCAGUCGCGGCCGCAGUCCUCGCUGCCUCAGGACCUGCACAAAUCUAGUUCAGACUCAAUAGUCGGCAAUGACAAGAAAACUCAGCAAGCGUCGCAGUCCAUCAUGUCGCAGCCUCAGAAUAGCAGUGCGGCGGGCAGCAGCACGAGCCGCAUGAGCACGCAGCCCAUCAACAUCCCCGGCUCCCCGCAGCGCCAGAGCUCGUCCUCCACCACCGACGACGACGACAUGCUGCUCAUCGUGCCAGAGGGCAAGUCGCGGCACCCGGUGCGGCGCUCCAACUCGUCGCCGGAGAUGUCGUCGUCGUGGAAGGCGGCGGCGCUGCAGGCCUCCACCCCCGCCGCCCCCGCCGCCCCCGCCCCCGACCUCACGCUGCACCCCGACGACAUGAUCCUGCUGCCCAGCUGCGAGCCCACCGGCAGCACGUCGCUGUCGAUGCACGCGACGAAGAAGGCGGCCAAGAAGAGCGACAUGCGCGUGUCGUGCGAGGCCAUCCCCGAGGAGAUGUGCGGCACCUCGCCCCACGCCGCCCACCACCACCUCAUGACGUACAACUCCGACCCCGCACUAAGAGCCCGCGCCUGUGCAGGCACCGGCGACGCGCCCCACGCGCCCGCCGCCGCGCUCAACCACCACCACCAGCUGCAGAAGCUUUUAUUGAAUCGUCGCCGAGCUGGCAGUGUAGCGUGUGUGUGCGUGCAGACGGCGAGCGACGGCACGGUGCCGGAGGGGCGGCGCGACGACCUGCCGCCGCUCGCGCGCUCCAAGCGCUCCAACACCAUCUCCGUCAUGAGCCCCACGCGCCGCCACAGGCAAGUGUCACGCCACCCCGAGUGUGCCCGGUACAACAUAUGUCCCUAUGUCAACACCAUCUCCGUCAUGAGCCCCACGCGCCGCCACAGGCAAGUGUCACGCCACCCCGAGUGUGCCCGGUACAACAUAUGUCCCUAUGUCAACACCAUCUCCGUCAUGAGCCCCACGCGCCGCCACAGGCAAGUGUCACGCCACCCCGAGUGUGCCCGGUACAACAUAUGUCCCUAUGUCAACACCAUCUCCGUCAUGAGCCCCACGCGCCGCCACAGGCAAGUGUCACGCCACCCCGAGUGUGCCCGGUACAACAUAUGUCCCUAUGUCAACACCAUCUCCGUCAUGAGCCCCACGCGCCGCCACAGGCAAGUGUCACGCCACCCCGAGUGUGCCCGGUACAACAUAUGUCCCUAUGUCAACACCAUCUCCGUCAUGAGCCCCACGCGCCGCCACAGGCAAGUGUCACGCCACCCCGAGUGUGCCCGGUACAACAUAUGUCCCUAUGUCAACACCAUCUCCGUCAUGAGCCCCACGCGCCGCCACAGGCAAGUGUCACGCCACCCCGAGUGUGCCCGGUACAACAUAUGUCCCUAUGUCAACACCAUCUCCGUCAUGAGCCCCACGCGCCGCCACAGGCAAGUGUCACGCCACCCCGAGUGUGCCCGGUACAACAUAUGUCCCUAUGUCAACACCAUCUCCGUCAUGAGCCCCACGCGCCGCCACAGGCAAGUGUCACGCCACCCCGAGUGUGCCCGGUACAACAUAUGUCCCUAUGUCAACACCAUCUCCGUCAUGAGCCCCACGCGCCGCCACAGGCAAGUGUCACGCCACCCCGAGUGUGCCCGGUACAACAUAUGUCCCUAUGUCAACACCAUCUCCGUCAUGAGCCCCACGCGCCGCCACAGGCAAGUGUCACGCCACCCCGAGUGUGCCCGGUACAACAUAUGUCCCUAUGUCAACACCAUCUCCGUCAUGAGCCCCACGCGCCGCCACAGGCAAGUGUCACGCCACCCCGAGUGUGCCCGGUACAACAUAUGUCCCUAUGUCAACACCAUCUCCGUCAUGAGCCCCACGCGCCGCCACAGGCAAGUGUCACGCCACCCCGAGUGUGCCCGGUACAACAUAUGUCCCUAUGUCAACACCAUCUCCGUCAUGAGCCCCACGCGCCGCCACAGGCAAGUGUCACGCCACCCCGAGUGUGCCCGGUACAACAUAUGUCCCUAUGUCAACACCAUCUCCGUCAUGAGCCCCACGCGCCGCCACAGGCAAGUGUCACGCCACCCCGAGUGUGCCCGGUACAACAUAUGUCCCUAUGUCAACACCAUCUCCGUCAUGAGCCCCACGCGCCGCCACAGGCAAGUGUCACGCCACCCCGAGUGUGCCCGGUACAACAUAUGUCCCUAUGUCAACACCAUCUCCGUCAUGAGCCCCACGCGCCGCCACAGGCAAGUGUCACGCCACCCCGAGUGUGCCCGGUACAACAUAUGUCCCUAUGUCAACACCAUCUCCGUCAUGAGCCCCACGCGCCGCCACAGGCAAGUGUCACGCCACCCCGAGUGUGCCCGGUACAACAUAUGUCCCUAUGUCAACACCAUCUCCGUCAUGAGCCCCACGCGCCGCCACAGGCAAGUGUCACGCCACCCCGAGUGUGCCCGGUACAACAUAUGUCCCUAUGUCAACACCAUCUCCGUCAUGAGCCCCACGCGCCGCCACAGGCAAGUGUCACGCCACCCCGAGUGUGCCCGGUACAACAUAUGUCCCUAUGUCAACACCAUCUCCGUCAUGAGCCCCACGCGCCGCCACAGGCAAGUGUCACGCCACCCCGAGUGUGCCCGGUACAACAUAUGUCCCUAUGUCAACACCAUCUCCGUCAUGAGCCCCACGCGCCGCCACAGGCAAGUGUCACGCCACCCCGAGUGUGCCCGGUACAACAUAUGUCCCUAUGUCAACACCAUCUCCGUCAUGAGCCCCACGCGCCGCCACAGGCAAGUGUCACGCCACCCCGAGUGUGCCCGGUACAACAUAUGUCCCUAUGUCAACACCAUCUCCGUCAUGAGCCCCACGCGCCGCCACAGGCAAGUGUCACGCCACCCCGAGUGUGCCCGGUACAACAUAUGUCCCUAUGUCAACACCAUCUCCGUCAUGAGCCCCACGCGCCGCCACAGGCAAGUGUCACGCCACCCCGAGUGUGCCCGGUACAACAUAUGUCCCUAUGUCAACACCAUCUCCGUCAUGAGCCCCACGCGCCGCCACAGGCAAGUGUCACGCCACCCCGAGUGUGCCCGGUACAACAUAUGUCCCUAUGUCAACACCAUCUCCGUCAUGAGCCCCACGCGCCGCCACAGGCAAGUGUCACGCCACCCCGAGUGUGCCCGGUACAACAUAUGUCCCUAUGUCAACACCAUCUCCGUCAUGAGCCCCACGCGCCGCCACAGGCAAGUGUCACGCCACCCCGAGUGUGCCCGGUACAACAUAUGUCCCUAUGUCAACACCAUCUCCGUCAUGAGCCCCACGCGCCGCCACAGGCAAGUGUCACGCCACCCCGAGUGUGCCCGGUACAACAUAUGUCCCUAUGUCAACACCAUCUCCGUCAUGAGCCCCACGCGCCGCCACAGGCAAGUGUCACGCCACCCCGAGUGUGCCCGGUACAACAUAUGUCCCUAUGUCAACACCAUCUCCGUCAUGAGCCCCACGCGCCGCCACAGGCAAGUGUCACGCCACCCCGAGUGUGCCCGGUACAACAUAUGUCCCUAUGUCAACACCAUCUCCGUCAUGAGCCCCACGCGCCGCCACAGGCAAGUGUCACGCCACCCCGAGUGUGCCCGGUACAACAUAUGUCCCUAUGUCAACACCAUCUCCGUCAUGAGCCCCACGCGCCGCCACAGGCAAGUGUCACGCCACCCCGAGUGUGCCCGGUACAACAUAUGUCCCUAUGUCAACACCAUCUCCGUCAUGAGCCCCACGCGCCGCCACAGGCAAGUGUCACGCCACCCCGAGUGUGCCCGGCACAACAUAUGUCCCUAUGUCAACACCAUCUCCGUCAUGAGCCCCACGCGCCGCCACAGGCAAGUGUCACGCCACCCCGAGUGUGCCCGGUACAACAUAUGUCCCUAUGUCAACACCAUCUCCGUCAUGAGCCCCACGCGCCGCCACAGGCAAGUGUCACGCCACCCCGAGUGUGCCCGGUACAACAUAUGUCCCUAUGUCAACACCAUCUCCGUCAUGAGCCCCACGCGCCGCCACAGGCAAGUGUCACGCCACCCCGAGUGUGCCCGGUACAACAUAUGUCCCUAUGUCAACACAAUCUCCGUCAUGAGCCCCACGCGCCGCCACAGGCAAGUGUCACGCCACCCCGAGUGUGCCCGGUACAACAUAUGUCCCUAUGUCAACACCAUCUCCGUCAUGAGCCCCACGCGCCGCCACAGUGUGUCGGCGGGCAGGGCGGGCGGCGGCGCGGGCGGCGCGGUGGGCGCGGGCGGCGGCGGCGUCACGCCCUCCUUCGUGUUCCUGCAGCUCUACCACAACAUGAGCACCUACCCCAUCACGCCGCCGGUGCCAGGUGAGACGCCGACGAUCCUGAACCCGCUGGCGGAGCGGCCGCUGCGAGUGUCGGGCGUGCAACACGAACGUACCAUCAAGAACCUCGACCUCGUGCCGCCCGUAGAGACCUACAAAAUCGGAGUGUUGUACGUGGGGCCCGGACAACAAGACAACGAAGUUUUAAUAUUGAAGAACGAAUACGGCAGUGUGAGGUACGCGGAGUUCCUGACGCAGCUGGGCACGCUGGUGUCGCUGGAGGGCGGCGACGACGACCAGCCGCACCUCUUCCUCAACCUGGAGAAGGGCGGCAAGGACGGACACUACACAUACGUGUGGAACGACGACAUCAUGCAGGUGCUGUUCCACGUGGCGACGGCGAUGCCCUCGUCGGCGAAGGACCCCACGUGCAACGAGAAGCGCAAGUACAUCGGCAACGACUACGUGAGCAUCGUGUACAACGACUCCGGCGCUGACUUCAACAUACACACCAUCAAGGGCCAGCUGAACUUCUGCAUCGUGGUGGUGGAGCCGUACGAGCACGGCAUGAACCGCGUGUUCAUCAAGACCAAGGACGAGCGCAUCCGCACCAAGUUCCUCGCGCACCUCGACACGCACUGCGUGUCCGACGCCAACGUGGCGCUGCUGGCGCGGCAGAUGGCGCUGCACUGCGCGCUGGCGUCGCACAUCUCGCAGUCGCUGAAGCUGGGCGGCGCGCCGUACGCGUCCAACUCGCUGGAGCGGCUGCGCAUCAUCAAGCGGCUGCGCGUGCGGGCGCAGGCGGAGCGGCUGGCGGCGGCGGCGCGGGCGCCGGAGCCCUACGCCGGCCCGCCCGACCUGGCGCACCGCGUCGCCAUCGACGACUUCAACGACUACACCUAGCGCCCGACCCGCCCGCACACACCAUAGCGAACAUAUUUUUUUGGUAAUUUUAUGCUUACGACGCGUGAUACUCGUGUGAAUUUCGCUAAUCUGUGCGACGAGUAGCUUAAAAAUCUUAUAUAAUUUUAAAUUGUAAUAAAUAAGAAUCAUUACCCUAUAUACAUAUACGUUGCCGGACCGCCCCGGGCGAGCGCCACUAGAAUUCUCACUAGAUUACAUUCUUAAGAAUAAAAUAUAUCACCCUAUUAAUAUGCAGGCCGCGCUGGCCUCACAAAUUGUAUAUAACUGUAUGUAUAACCAAAUUGGCGAAAUUCAGAUGGAUCACGAUGUACUAUACAAUUUGGUCGGUGUUUAUAUAAGCGUACUACAUAACGCCCGGCGCCACGCCGCGACCCGCUCACUAGACGCAUCACUCGUCUUGUACUGAGUACUCGCCAGUCGAGGCUCUCCUACUGAGCCGAAUAUGUUCGCAGCGUGGGUACUGUAACGGCGGCGUGAGCCACUCAGGUGACGCUCAUCUCACCGUACUUUGUCGACAUUAACAUAACCUGUGUGUAUCUCAUUCAAUUUUUUUACAAAAAAAAAAACUUUUUGUGAGAUGUGAUAGUAGCGUAACAAUUAAAUACGAAAUAGAAAUACGAGAAAUAUAUUUAAAGCUGGCAAAUUUUCUACAAAUCGCUUCGCUUAAGGGAUACCGCGACUUUCAUAAUAGUGGUUUAUAAUAAGAUGACAUACUGGCUCGAAUAUAAGUGGACAGUUUUUGGAACACUUAAACAAGCGCGCCUCGCCGCGCCCCCCCCCCUCCCGGCCCCUCCCCCUGGCUCCGCCCCCGCCCCGCCCCGUGCGCGGGCGCGGCGCGAGCGCGUCGAGCUGCACGAUGCACUCGCUACUGGUUCAGUUCACACCACUAAUGUAUUAUGAAAUGAUGAAAUCUUUUGGUUUAUUUAUUCUAUUCUGCCGAUACACAUUUCUGUCUAGGUUGUCUGUGGCUUAAAUAGUUUAAUUUCUUACAUAAAUUUAGAUUUUGAACUGAAUAAUGUAAAAGUUAAUAUUAAGGAUUUUUAGUAAGUACAUGUUUUCACAAAAUAUGAGUUUGUCAGUAGAGUUGACGCGGCGCGGCCGGCGCUCGUGACGUCACAGGCGGCUGCCGCGCCGCGUGCGCAGCAGUCAGUCGUUAACAGUUGAGGCAUUUCUUGUUUAUAUAUAUUUUAUGUAGCAAUUUAUUUCCUGACAAAAGAUUUUGUAAUCAAAUAAAUGAUGGCUAUUUU